CCACUCCCACAGCUGCACCACCUCUCUCCAGUCCCUAGUCCACCACCCUCUGUACAAGCGGCUGUGCUUCCUGUACCUCUUUGUCUGAGGGAAGUGCUAAAAUAAGCAUUGGAGUGGCUGGAUACAAGCACAUCUCUUCUCACCACUUUGUUGCUCUGCUCUGAAGCAACAGGCUUUCCUGGUUGAUUUUUUUGCCAUAAAAGAAGAACUGUGCCAUGGAUAAAAGGAUUGCAGCCUUCAUCUAUUCCUGUAUCCUCCUCCUGUGGACAGGUGCUCAUUCAAAUACUGAAGGCACUGGUACUUCGCCACCCUCCACUGGAACAAAUCAAAAUACUGCUAAACCUAGUUCUUCACCAGUUGAAGGUGCAGGUGCAAGUACCUUUAAUCCUAGUUCUGCAUCCCCUGAAGGUGCUCAUUCAAAUACUGAAGGCACUGGUACUUCGCCACCCUCCACUGGAACAAAUCAAAAUACUGCUAAACCUAGUUCUUCACCAGGUGCAAGUACCUUUAAACCUAGUUCUGCAUCUCCUGAAGACAAAACACCCACAAACAUGGUAUCAAGUCCAGCCACAUUCAGUCCAAAACCAGUUACUUCUGUAAGCAGUCAGACUGACUCCUCAACAACUCAAAAGUCAAACACUACUUCUCCCACCAAAAAUACAAGUCUGUCGACAAACACAUCUACCAGGAAUCCUGCCAUAGUGGAACAACCAACCAAAAUGGAUGCAUCAUCAACACAACCUCCUGGGCCCCGUGGAAACCUCAAUGAUCAGGAAAAUUCCAAAGAUAGUACAGAAAAAUAUCUAUGGAUUUUGUUGCCUGCUCUGUGUAUUCUACUGGCUGCACUGAUAUACUUGAAAUUCAAGUGCAAAAAAGUCCAGCAUCGGCCAGAAAUGACUGACAAUGGAACAGAGAAUGCAUCUUUUCAGAGGACAGAUAGUAACAAAGAUGGUGUUAUGCUGUUAGGAGUUAGUAAGACAGCAAGCGGAGAAGAGAAUGCAAGAUAAGUGGAAGAGAAUACAUCAGGAGAAUCUGAAAAGGCUUAACAUCCACACACACUGCUACUGCUCUGAAAAAUAAAGAACUAAUAAAGACAGAGGAAAUGAAGAGUGACCACUUGAUCAAGGUUUUUUUUUUUUUUUUUUUUUUUUUUAGAUCAGUUGGAAAUAAUUUAUUGGUUUUAAUACCAAAGAGUAUUUGUGUUUCAAGACAAGAAGUUAAAAAUGUCUUGAGUUGGAAUAAACUUGUUUAAAUAAGAUUUAAAGCACUAAUUCUCCACCGUUGUGUACACUAGCUCUGAUUUUCAGUGUAAAUAGUGUGGAAUUAAAAUGUAGUAAAAAUAGUAAUGUGAUUAUAUGACACCCAGUUGGAAAUUAAAGUGAAAUUGAUAAAUUGUUCCUAAAGAUUUGCUGUAGUUUGAAAUAAAAGUUGGUCAUUUUUUUGUGCAGACUGUUUUGCAAUUUUUUUUCUAGAUUUCACUUUCUUAUGGUUACUAAUGUAGUGUCAUGACAAUAGCUUUCUUUAAUUUGUUUCAAUUGCCAUUUUUAUAUCAUUUUAAACUACCCAAUUUGUUUUAAGCUCGCAGAUGUAUUUUUUCUUUUCCUUUUUAAAAAAAAUAUAUAUAUAACUUUUUUGUAGUAUAAAUUGAUUGUGUACUGUGUUUGAUGCUGUUAAAUACAUGCUGUACCACCUAUUACACUGGAUAUAUUUUUUAACAGUUUUAUACAUUUAAGAGACUGAAUUAUUAAAAUAAUGAUACUGUUUUGUUUUUUUCAAUUUUUAUUUCAUGCACUGAUACCUCUAAUUAAGAUCUUGAAAAUCACUUUUAGAGAUUAAUCUUUGUAUUAUGCCUAUUUUUGUGUCUAUUUUUGUGUUCAAAUGGCAACCUGAACUUCCACUAAGUUCUCAAUGCACUGUGACUGCAAUAUAUAGUGUUCAUUAAAAUGAUUCUGAGAAAAUGAUGAACAGACCAUUUUCACUUUAUUUGUAGU